AUGUUUGGUGUUGCGUCGAUGCUCUGUCGACUGGGUGUACGUCCGUACUCAACGUCGACGUUGGCGUCGCAGGUAGUCGCGGAUUUCAUGGCUGUCCUCGCCUACGUGAAAUUUGAGAGCGAGGGCUACUUGAGUAGCUACGCGUCGGAUCCGGUGCUUGCGUUGGGUGCGAUUAGCGCGUGGUAUUUCCUGGAGGACGGCUUGUCCAAGUAUAUUCUUCCGCAGCUGAAGAAGUUGAUCCUGGACGAAGCACUGGAGACAGGUGGGAUUGGUGAAAUGGUCGCUCGCAUUGUGCUCCUUCUCGCGAUGGACAAGUGUGUGAUGGGGGAUCGAAGCAAGUCACAUGGCCAAUUCGUGUCGGUGGAGUCGUUUUUGAAUGUGAUGGGGUGCGAUGAAUUUGAAGUUUAUAUCGAGGGAAUGCUCCCUGGAAACAAAGAAACGUUUAACGAGUGGAAGUCAGAGUGGAAGGACUGGCGCAUGGGGUUCACUCACUUCAUACAGCUGCAAGCUGAACCGAAUGAAGAUACGCUGUGGUAUUUGCUGGGACGUCGGGCUGCGGGUAUUUUCCCGCGCAACCAGCUUGGAGCAGAUCUGAUGAUCCCAGUAUUUUGGAACAAAGAUGGCGAGAAGGAGCGAGUGUCAUUCAUGCUCAUCCAAGUGAAAAGCCGUUUCCCAAAAGACGAUGGUUUCUCCCAAGCAGCAUCAAAGAAGCUGUCUCCUGGGUUCGUGUCUGAAAGUCCGCAUCCGAAAGGCAAGAAACCGGAGGAGGGUCCAGCACCUAAGAAACCUGCAGUGAAGCCAGCACUCCAGAAACGCACGGUGAAUGAAAACCCCUUGAGCGAGACGCCUGUUAGCGAUGUUAUUCGUAUAUGCAUGAAUCUGAGCAAAGAAGAAACUUCCGGUCCUGAGUCGCUGAACGAUUCUUUUCGGUUCAUCUUUUCCACGUCGUUGACGAAAGACAGCAGCACACCUCAAGCGCGAGGAGAAGAUACGGACGUUUACACGCUUUGUUUUCGCUCGCUGGGUUGUGAGACGUACCCUUUCUUAAAGGAAGAUGUGGCUCAAUGUCUCGCGAGUAUUGUGGCGUCUCAAUGGGAUCCCAUGGCACUUGUAGACGGCGAUCUGAAGCGUCGUCGUGUCAUUUGUGUAUGUACUAAGCACGUUACCGGGGGCUCUAGCAACGGCCAUGCCAGAUUGUGA